AUGAACCAUACAAAAGCCAUCUUGUCAACACAUCCUGAAACAGAAAGGACGACCAGAUGGAGAAAAGAGAUAAGCAGUACUUCCAGCUGGGUGCCGAAUGAGUCACUUCCACCUGGUCAUAAUGAAACAUGGCCGGUCUGGCGAACACUAAACAGAUUCAGGACAGGAAUAGGACGAACGAAAGAUAAUCUCAUAAAAUGGGGACUGCUAGAUAGCGCAGACACAUUGUGUCUAUGCGGAGAAGAACAGACAAUGUUACACAUCAUCAAAUGCACAGCUUGCUCUCAAACGUGCACCCCAGAAGACAUCCAAAAAGGCACAAACCAAGGAAUUAACGUGGCCCGCAUCUGGGCCGAAACAAUAUAA